UCGCGCAGCAUGCCCUGGGGGGUUGGCUUCGCCUCAUCCAGGUCGUGCGUGGUGGAUCUAAGCAGGAAUCAAAGCCUUUGGUGCGAGGGGUCCGACGGUCACUUUUCCUUUUAUGGGGAAAUCCUUGCUUUCCCACUGCAGGAUUACGGCGGGAUCAUGACAGGGCUGGGAUCUGAUUCGUGGUGGAAGAAAACCCUUUAUUUGACUGGGGGGGCCCUGCUCGCCGCUGCCGCCUAUCUGUUCCACGAACUCCUGGCUAUUAGGAAAGAACAAGAAGUCGAUUCAAAAGAUGCCAUCAUCCUACAUCAAUUCUCAAGGCCAAAUAAUGGCAUUCCCAGUUUAUCUCCUUUCUGCUUGAAAAUGGAGACUUACUUGAGGAUGGCUGAUUUGCCUUACCAGAACUACUUUGAUGGAAAGCUUUCUCCCCAAGGGAAAAUGCCGUGGAUCGAAUACAAUCGCAAAAAGGUAUCCGGCACAGAGUUCAUUAUUGAUUUUUUGGAAGAGAAGCUUGGAGUGAAUUUAAACAAACACCUUGGCCAACAUGAGAGAGCUGUUUCUAGAGCAGUAACAAAAAUGGUGGAGGAGCACUUCUACUGGACCUUAGCCUAUUGCCAAUGGGUGGACAAUCUCCAUGAGACCCAGAAGAUGCUUUCUCUUGGUGGGCCCUUUAGUGACCUACUGAAGUGGAUUCUCUGCCACAUAACCAAAGGAAUUGUGAAGCGGGAAAUGUACGGACAUGGCAUUGGCCGCUUCUCUGAGGAAGAAAUAUACAAGCUGAUGGAGAAAGAUAUGCGCUCGUUGGCCAAUCUUCUGGGCGAUAAAAAGUACAUCAUGGGACCUAGGCUUUCUACUUUAGAUGCUACUGUGUUUGGUCAUCUGGCUCAAGCAAUGUGGACGUUGCCUGGAACUAGACCGGAGCGACUCAUUAAAGGAGAAUUGAUUAACCUAGCUAUGUACUGUGAGCGGAUAAGAAGGAAAUUCUGGCCAGAGUGGCAUCACGAUGAAGACAACACGCUGUACGAAUCAGAAGAGAGCAGUGAAGCAAGCAAAAGCCACCCACUGCUGGACUUCAGCUUUUAUUCAAGGACAGAAACAUUUGAUGACGAAGGACCUGAAAACAGUUUUUCCCGAACGCCUGAUACUGAUUACACAGGGCACUCCCUCUUUGAUUCUGACGUGGAUAUGGAUGACUGCACAGAUCAUGAACCGUGCAAAUGACGUAUCUAAAAUACCCUGCGCCAUUUUGUGUCAGAAGCAUCAGUACUUCUUGGGACUCAGGCAAACUGACUCAGGUUUCAAAGAGCCCCUUGUUGGUUGGGAAGAGACUGUUACGCGCAACGCUAUCUUCAUCUGUUCCUUGGACCAUUUCAUCUUUUUUCCAUCGUAGGAGAGAGUCCCCGUGGAUCCUAGGCAAACCGGUUUUAAUAACGGUCACUGUGGAAUUGAAAAGAUGACAAGGAAGGUAAUGCGGGUGGGAACAAGGAUUCAGGUUAAAAAAAUAAAUACGCAGAACUUCCCAGAAUGACGUAGGGAAGCUAAGGGUCAAGAAAAUCUCAUUUGGAUGUUCUA